AUGGCUGAUCAUCCUAAUAAACUUGCAUUUGAAGAAGGUGUUUCACUUAUCUUACACAACUGGACCGCUUUAAAGCUUGCCGUCGAACAGGAUUGGGGAGGAGUUGAGUCUGUUGAGAAGAGAGAAUGGUUCAUUGACAUUCUUGUUGAUCAUUUCGGAAAGAAUGGUAAAAAGUUGGAUAUCGAUGAAAUUGAGGACGUUUUGUCUCAAGUGAUGACCGAUGAAUUUAACGCCACUCUGGAGGAUGAUUCGCCUUAUUUGGUCGCCAAACAUUUAUUUUUGUUAUAUAACCAGUGUAUUCUUGGCAAUUUUACCGAGCUUGAACGUCUUAGAGAAAAGGCAAAGGCUCAAAACAAGUUCACUGCUUCAAGCUGUAUCAAACAAGGUGAUGAUAGUGAUGAUGAUGAAGAGGAGGAUGAGGAUGAUAAUGAUCACCAGGGUAGCAACGAUAAGGAUGAGGAUAUGGAAGAAGUGCCCGAAGAGCCUACUGUGGAUGCCGAUGGUUGGGAAACUGUUCGUCGCAAAUAG